AGCCUGAUUUUAAAGAGCAGGUACAAGAGAUAUGCAGAGUGAAUCAGUGAGACUAAUUCUGCAUUACCCUUCAUUGAUGCAAUAUUAGGACAUCUCUCUUACGAAAUUGCCUCAUAAGAGUUGUCACAAAGAACAAACCAACACCAGGAGUAAUGGUGAUGUUGUCAUUGGUCACCUAAGCAUGUGGAGUUGCUCAUUGUGUUAAUGCAACACAUGGAGUCAUCCUGUCAAAGCCUGGGCUUGCUGCACUGUUCACUGAAGUAGUCCUGUCUACACUUCAAAGGGCACAAAAUGAUUUGUUUUAUGAAUUGCCAUAGACCUGCAUGAUCUCCACUGACAUAUGCUCUCAUCGUAUGUGUGAGGAAUUAAUAUUCUUAUCUGUAAGUUCCAUGGCAGAGCGAAUGGACGCUUUGAUGUGAGUAAAAAAAGAAAAGAAAAGUAUUUUAUGUUUAUGGGAUCAUGCAUAUCUAUAAUCAAAUGCAACACAGUGCAUUGUAGUUUAUUUGAUGCUUAUAACAUGCUUUUGCAAAUACGCAGAGUUUUGUGAAGCCAUUCCUGCUGCAGUUUUCAACUUCUCGGUCUCGUACUGAGUCUCAGAACAGUUGGACUGAAUCUUUAAUUAGCCAUAAUCUGCCGAUCCUCAGAACUUGAUCUGUAUUAUUCUCUGAAGAGCUUUGCAAUGGCUGGGAUUUAUCAGUGUAUGCGCAAUAAAAACCCUUCCCCUCUUUAAAACCAGUGUUUCCACAUUUGACUAAAGACACUGUUUUUUGACUCAGGCCCAUGAGGACAGUCAAGUGUCUCUGAGCCCUCUCCCACACAGAGACACCAUGGGAAGCUUCCUUCGAGACAACAGCGCCUAUGAGCUGCGAUCUGUCAUAGGUCGAGGUUUGGAGGACUUGAUGACAGUGAAUCUGGCCAGGUACAAACCCACAGGGGAGUAUGUGGCCAUCCGCCGCAUUGACCUGGAUUCCUGUACCAAUGACAUGGUCAAUUACUUACAGGGAGAGCUCCAUGUGUCUAAGCUGUUCCACCACCCCUGUAUCCUCCCACACAAGAGCGUCUUCAUCGCUGAGAAUGAGCUGUGGGUGAUCAUACCCUUCAUGGCCUACGGAUCCGCACAAGACUUGAUCAGUACACAUUUCACUGAUGGUUUGAGUGAGCAGUCAAUAGCCUACAUCCUGCUGGGUGUGCUGAGAGCGCUGGAGUACAUACAUCAGAUGGGCUACGUUCACCGUAGUGUGAAGGCAAGCCACAUCCUGAUUUCAGCAGAUGGACAGGUGUAUCUGUCCGGUCUCAGGAGUAUCUUCAGCUUGAUCCGUCACGGUCAGAGAGCACGAGUUGUACAUGAUUUUCCCCAGUACAGUGUUAAAGUACUACCUUGGCUCAGUCCAGAGGUUCUGCAGCAGAAUCUUCAGGGAUAUGACUUCCGCUCAGACAUUUACAGUUUGGGCAUCACUGCAUGUGAGCUAGCUAAUGGACACGUGCCCUUUACAGACAUGCCUGCUACACAGAUGUUGUUAGAGAAGUUGAACGGCACAGUCCCCUGCCUGCUGGACACCACCACCAUCCCCCCUGAAGAACUGAGCAUGAAACCGUCUCGCUCCGGGGCCGACUCUGGGAUCUGCGAGGGCCCCGGUGCCGGUGGAGCUCGCCACACUAACGGAGAGCCCUCAUCCUCCUCCCGAGGAAACCCAUACAGCAGAACAUUCAGUUCUCACUUUCAUGCCUUUGUGGAACUUUGUCUACAGAGAGAUCCCGAGAAAAGACCUUCUGCCAGCUCUCUGAUAGGCCAUUCCUUCUUCAAACAGAUAAAGCGCAGAUCAUCUGAGGCUCUUCCUGAGCUCCUGCGUCCAGUUUCUCCAAUCAGCAGCCUCGACUGCAUGCAGCCUCAGGAUUCUCCCACUGGAUUGGCCAGUCUGGAGUCCGAUCUCAGCCAGCUGGAUGUGGAUGACUGGGACUUUUGACAUUAAACGGAUGAGAAAUGAAGGGACGAUGGAUUGGACCGAAAGGGAGGAGAAUACUGUAGGACUCUUAAUGAGAAUUGAUUGUUUUUGUUGUUUCAAGGGAGAAAAGGGGAAGGGUGGUGCUAUGUGAAUGUGAUAUAGACAUUACAAAGAGCUUCAAAGAUGUUACAAGACACUCUGGGAUGUUGCCUUUUGUGAUGUGUAUAUCACUGAAACUAAAAGGACCGACUAUAAAAAGAGAAAUGAAAAACCAGCAGCCACCAUAGCCUUGCUAAUGCAUUCAGAAGCAUGAAGUGAAGCCUGAGGCACGCACUGCGCAAACACUUACUGACUGGCCAUGUGACAAUGGUGAUCACCUCAGGCUACUGAAGCCUGUUCUGUGUGUUUCACCUGAACUAAUGACACUCUAUGUCUACCAGCUUACAGCAAAACAGGUUCACAAUUGAAUUCCCAUGUCUCCUAGCAUAUUUGUCCAAUGAAGCAUAAAGAGCUGUCAGUAAAGUCAACCUAAACAUAGAACUGUUCAAUUUAUGGAUGGACUGUAGGGAUUCAAACUAUCAAGUUUCUUCUCCCAGCACAAAUGUUGAUGCCACCAGGAAUAUGCUAGAGGACAAGAUUUAGUUUUUGCCUGCUAUCUGGUGUAGUUAUUAGUUUUAUAUUAGUUGCAUUUCUGCUGAGAUUCAUUUCUGUUCUUGGCAUGCAUUACCGGGAAGAAGUACUUCAGUGGACCGUUUGUGUAUUUUCAGCAUACUUGCCUCUUGGUCAAAUGGAAUAAAUGUUGCAACUGC